UGCUGCGAGCUAAGGUUUGGGAGUCGGUGGGGGGACCGCGAGUGGAGCGCGGGAGCCCGGGCGGCAAGCGAGUGUGAGCUGCCCGAAAAUGCACUCGGAUGCUGCAGCUGUCAGGAAUGCAGGUUGGCUGCUGGCAGGAUUUCACAGCCACUGCAGAGUUUUCUUUUUUUACGUUAGAGGUGACAGGAACUCCCAUGACUUGUAGCAUUUGGUUGGAGAAUUGACCUUAUCGUCAGAAUGAUGCCUGGGACUUUCAGCUGAACUCUCAUCUCUCAACACUGGCAAACAUUCAUAAGAUCUACCAUACCCUUAACAAGCUAAAUCUGACAGAAGACGUUGGCCAAGACGAUCACCAAACAGGAAGCCUGCGGUCUUGCAGUUCUUCGGACUGCUUUAGUAAAGUGAUGCCACCAAGGAAGAAGAGGAGACCUGCCUCCGGGGAUGAUUUAUCCGCCAAGAAAAGCAGGCACGACAGCAUGUACAGGAAGUACGAGUCGAGUAGGAUAAAGACUGAAGAAGAGGCCUUCUCUAGUAAGCGCUGCCUGGAGUGGUUUUAUGAAUACGCAGGCACGGAUGACGUGGUGGGUCCUGAAGGCAUGGAGAAAUUCUGUGAAGAUAUUGGUGUUGAACCAGAAAAUGUAGUUAUGCUUGUCCUAGCUUGGAAAUUGGAUGCACAAAACAUGGGCUAUUUUACUCUACAGGAGUGGCUGAAAGGAAUGACCUCUCUACAAUGUGAUACAACAGAAAAACUCAGAACUACUUUGGAUUACUUAAGAUCAUUAUUAAACGAUACAGCAAACUUUAAGCUCAUUUACAGAUACGCGUUUGACUUCGCACGGGAAAAGGACCAGCGCAGCCUAGACAUAAACACUGCCAAGUGCAUGUUGGGACUGUUACUAGGAAAAAUCUGGCCCCUUUUUCCAGUUUUUCACCAAUUCUUAGAGCAAUCAAAAUACAAAGUGAUAAACAAAGACCAGUGGUGCAAUGUGCUAGAGUUCAGCAGAACAAUUAGCCUCGACCUCAGUAACUAUGACGAAGACGGAGCAUGGCCAGUUUUGUUGGACGAAUUUGUGGAAUGGUAUAAGGACAAGCAGAUGUCCUAGGAGCUCGUGCAUAGCAGCGAGAGAGUCACUGUUACCAAGGUUAUGUCACCCAUUAGCCAUAAACUGCUGUUUGUACCGAAGCGCAUGCUGCUUUUCUUGCACUGUCUCCCUCUCGGAGGGGUGUCUUGGUGUUUGCUGUUGAAUGGGCCGCUCUGCUUGCUGUGUAGCAUUGUUCUCUUGGAGGCUGCUCUGCAGUUCGUUUUCACACUACAGAUUGGUGAAUCUGCCAACGUCCUCACUGUGACUAUGUGUAUAUUGCUGUUUAAAUUUUGUAUAUGUGUAUAAAAUGAAAAGCUUCACCUAGAGAUUAUUUCUGCAAAAAUGUAUUGUAAAAAUAAUUUUGUGGCAUAUUUCUAGUCCCCCCCCCUUUAUUUUUAUUUUUUUUUUCAAAUGAACUAGUUACACUUUUUUAUUUGGUCUCAAAUGUAGCAUUUCAGAAAACAUAAGGGUUUCCAUGUGCAAAUAUUGCCAGGAUUAACCUCACCAGUGGCUUAGGAGGCUAACUUCUGGAAGAAGUAGGAGCCGCAGCUUACAGUGGCAAAAGCCAAGUAAGGCUUGGUUUCCUUGUCAGCUUUGGUGUUUUAAAGUGACAAACGUUAGAAUUACUGGAGCACGCAGACACAUAACAUGCUACAAAGCACUUCUAACACAAAGGUACAGGUUUAUAGGCCCCCCACCCACCCCUCUUCUUCUUUCAGUGUUAACACUGUCGGUAGCUUGACCGUCCGUACAAGUGAACAAAUUAAAAUCGCUCCUGAUUUUAAAUUGAAGCUUAAGUUUCCAUAAACCUUUCUCUGUCCGCCCUUCGUGUCCCUCCAUCAGGGUUGGGUCUGCUGACGCUGUCUGUACCGCCGUAAGUACACUGUCCUCUGCUACCCCAUGAGCCUGCUCCUCUGCCGGCCGUAUAACUGCGAAGCACUUUCGGCUGUGGCUUGAGUUUUUAGUUACUCUUUCAUGGUGUCUGAAAUCUCCCAAGGUUUUUGUUUGUUUGUUUGUUUGUUUAGUUUUGUUUUUUUUUUAAAGACCACAAGUGAGAGGUGUUUUGUUUUUCUGUCUUUGUUUCUUCCGUGCUAGGCUUUUCCUGGCAACAUGUCCAUUGCAGGCAGUGGACUGGAAACCACCAGCAUUGAGCUAACCCUGUUCACAUUGGGACCUUUCCCAGAGGGGCCGCUUGUCAUUCCCUGAGUCACAUGUACAGAAGGGUAAUAGCCAUUGAGCGGGUGAGAGAACCAGAGCAAACACAGUGGUGUUUCUGGGUUUGUAUUUUAUGUCUUAUUUCUUAAGAUUUUUAUUUGUUUGCCUUGCCCCUCUUGAGGAAGUGUGUAGAUGACAGGUUUUCCCGACUAUUUGGUGCUAUGAAUCACUCAGUGUCUGUAGCUUGUGAAAACACGUGUAAGAUUGCCGGGUGAAUAGUGUCAUGGGGUUAGAUCUGUGCCUGCCUAGACAGGUAAUGACUGGAAGAUGUUGAGAUUAUCGGCCAAAAAAAAAAAAAAAAAAAAAAAACCCUAAAAUCUUCUACAUCAAAUGUGAACCUUUAAAUGGCAUUAAAGGAGUGAAGCACACAGACAAUGCUACCCUUGACCACUGUUUUACAGUUUCUUUUCAAAGUACUGCAAUUGUCAUAUUAUUUCUUUUCCUGACUGAACCACCAAAGACAGAAAUGUUGUGUGUAUAUAUUGUGUGCGUGCAUCUACAAAAUCAUGAUGUGGUAGAAUGCAGCUACUUGCCUUUUCCUACCAAAUAAUGAGAUUUGGUUUGCUGUGAAAUAAACCGGAAGUCUAAAAACCAACCACUCAAUGUUGCUUUAGCACACUUACUCAUCCUUUGCCUGUAGUUUGACUUAUAAAUUACUAUCUGACCACGAUGUAAACUUUCUGGAAAGCCACGGCUACGGAGACGGCUGUGUAAACGGAGUUCAGUGCAUACAGGUGUGUGACAGUGGGGACUGGCUAAAGGCAGGCUCAGCUCCGUGGAGAACGACCCCUUGUCACGUGUGCCCAAGGUUAAAGAAUCCCUCUCUCAGGGUGACUGCUCUUGAGUUGGAUCAGCUGUCGAGCACCUCAGUGCAAAGAGGAACCAUAGAUGGAAUUCUUUUAAGCGUUGCUUGAGAGCCUGGAGAACGUUCUAAACACUAAGCACAGUGAAUCUGCGAGUAAAGGGUUGUUAGCAGGGUGAGGAAUUUCAUUUCAUCCACAGUGAGCAUUUUGAUGAUAGAGACUCAAGUAAAACCACCGUGGUGUCGAGUGUGGAAGUCAGCAUUCCAGAGGGGAAAAAUCAACAUUUAAAACUCCAAAUAAUCUCGAAACUGCCUCACGAAAUGAACCGCUGUGACUGCUGCUUGCCCCUGGUCUUCUCAAUUUUACGGAGCUACUUUUAAGGGGAGUCAUAAUACCAAGUACCAAGACACCCUUUUCUUGAAGAAUUAAUUGCCAGGUUGCGAAAGUUGAACGAUCACCAAGAGCACUUACGGCCAUUGCUGGAAGACAUCAGGGCGCCUUCGGUUCCCCCACACCUGAGCUACAUCCGCCCUUCCUCUCCUCGUUUCCGUGCAUUUUCAGCGCCCUCUCCUCCUGUUGGGGAGCGCAACUCUUAGGUGUUUACACUCCUGCACUAGGUAGACGCUCUCUGGCAACAUUUGCUAGAUACCCAUGGUAGCCUUAGGCGCGCCUCUUUCGAAGCAUGAACUCCGAGUUCAGUAUUUAUAAGUCUAAUUAGACGAACCUCUAGAUUCUGUUUUAACAGAUUUCUGUUGCCUCUGAGUCGUCCUCCUAACCAUACUUUUGAAGUUUAUACAGAAAGCUUUAAGAGUUUAGUUUAUGCCCUUGGUUUUUAUUUUUACAACUGCUAAAAUACCUCUGUAAGCCUUAUCCUUUAUCCUUUCAUAUGUUGUAUAAAAUUGUAUAGAAUUCAUUGACCAACUGAAAUGUUGUGUAUCUGUAAAUGAGACCAAAAUGUGGGUUGCUUUGUUCAUAAAAUAAUUUCUAUUGGGCGUUGCUGUGAAAUGAACAGUAGCCAGCCUAUAACUGUGAAUGCCUUGUGUCCUCAGUAUUUGCAUUACAUUCAUAAAAGUGUGCAAGUCCUGUGACUCCCAGCUUAACUAAAAUACUGUUAUGCCACCUAACUGAGCACAGCAAACUGGUUUAGGUUUUAAUGGAAUUAAUGUAAAAUGAUAUCCCAUAAAUAAACAGAUAUUUGUGUUUGGUUUCAGAA